AUGACACCUCCGGCCCCGAGAAUAGUGGGUAUCUGCGGCGCCGCCAUCGCCGGUCCGACGCUCGCACUGCACCUCCUGUCCCACCCGGUCCUCCGCACCCUCUUUCGUCCGAUCCUCUUUGACCAGUCUCCGGCCCCGGGCCCGGCCACCACCGACGGAAGCUCGCCCAGACACCACCAACGUGCCGGCGCCUCGGUGGCGCUCCUCCCGAACGGCAUCCACCCCCUCCUGGCCCUGGGGCUCGGCGACGCCAUCCGCACGCACGGCCACGAAUGCGACGACCUGUCCCUCUGGUCCGGCCCCUCGUCUCUGGACCGCAGCCCGGACGCCCCGCUCACGCACCUCAAGACCAUGACCAACGGCUUCUGGUCCCACGAGAUGCGCAUGGGCGCCGUGUACUUUGAGCGCGCCGCCCUGCAGGCCCUUCUCGUCGACCGCGUGCGCGAGCUGGGCGGCGACGUGAGGUGGGCAAAGAAGGCCGUCCACUUCGAACAUAUCGAUCCCGCUGUCGCAUCGGGAGAGCCCCGUGCCGACGACGACGACGCCGACGCCUGCUGCACUCGCGUGGGCUUCGCCGACGGCACCCACCUCGACGUCGACCUCCUCGUCGGUGCCGACGGCGGCUACUCCGCCGUCCGCCGCCGCAUCCUCACCCUCCGCGACCCGCAGACCGCCGCACGCCGCUGGCUGCCCGACCACAUGGGCAUGACGGGCAUCUACGGCAUCUCCUCCGCAGACAAGAUGCCCGCCUCCCACGCCCCCGAACGCCCGUUCUCCGAGUCGCACUCGGUGUGGCUGCCGCGGGGGUUCCUGGCCACGGGGCCCUGUCCGGGGAAUAUGUUCCGCUGGGACUUGAUCCUCCCCGAAGAAGCGGCCCCGGAGGCCCGAGCCGACCCGGCAGACGAAGAAACCCAAGCCCACCACGCCAAAUACGGAGACGGGAACCGGGACGGGGACGGGGACGAGGAACCGUGGCACGACGCCAUCGCGGCAGGCCAGUACCCCAGAUCCGCCACCGUCGCCAUCCUCCGCGCCCACCUGCGCCUCCGCCACCCCUUCGCCGGCGACUUCGCGACGAUGCUGGCCUCGGCGGACCGCAUCAUCCACACGCCCCUCCGCCAGCGCGUCUGGCAACGGGACGAGAUCCAGUGGGCCGCCCCCGACACACGCGGGGCCGGGCCCGUCGUCCUCCUCGGCGACGCCGCGCGGCUGAUGCUCCCCACCAGCGGCCAGGGGACGGGCUUCGCCAUCGAGGACGCCACGGUCCUCGCCGCCGCGCUCCUAAGGCACUGCGGCCCCAGCGCCGUCGGGCGGGACCCUGGCGAUCUCCGGGCCGCCCUCGAGGAGUACGCCGGACUCCGAGUGCCCCGGUCGGAGAAGAUGGCCGCCGUGGCGUCCUGGGUCGGGUCCGUCGGCGUCGGUUCUACGUGGUAUUACAGGAUGAUUCGGUAUCUCGCCGCAAAACUGGCGUCUGGAGCCGACCUGAAAGCCAAGAAAGCCAAAGACCCGUGGCCGAUGGAUGGUCGCUUCAACGUGGAAGAAACGACAUAA